GUCUAAGUAUAAUCUCCGAUCAUCUGUGUUAGUACAAAAAUCGAAACAGUUCCGUCGAAGAUUAAUUGCAUAAAGAUAUACGUAAAAGGAUAUUCAAAUCUACGUGCCAUUUAAAAACGUCCUUCUAUUCCUGAGCUAAAAAUUGCAAAUGUUUGCUCACUGUACGUUGAGUUCUAAGAAGGGAUUACGGGGGAGGAAAUUUUUACGCAAACUGACCGGCGUUAAGGGCGCCUGCGCUAGAUUCCGAUUCAAAUAAUGCGAAACAGGGGAGCUUGACCCUUGGCCAUCGGCGAGAACGCAGACAGUGCGGUCCGCAGCCGUAAUAGUGAUAGCAUGCUCUUUACGCAGCAGUUCACCUCUUUGCCAUGCCUCGCCAAGUAUAAAAAGUCGCGCGCGCCGAGCAAGGCGAUGGAACGAUACGAACGACUGACGCGUCUUGGGGAGGGUAGUUAUGGCGUGGUCUUCCAGUGUAGAGAUCGGCAAACUGGAAAAUUGGUAGCUGUAAAAAAAUUCCAGCAGACCGAAGACGAUCCUCUCAUACGCAAAAUAGCCUUGCGUGAAAUACGUCUCCUUAAGAAUCUUAAACAUCCAAACCUGGUCAACCUUCUGGAGGUCUUCAGGCGGAAACGGAAAUUACAUCUAGUUUUCGAAUACUGCGAGUACACGCUAUUGAACGAGAUGGAGAGAUAUCCGAGCGGCUGUCCGGAAAUCACCACCAAGCAGCUCACGUGGCAGAUUCUACAGGGCAUCGCAUACUGCCAUCGAUUCGGUUGCGUUCACAGGGACGUCAAACCGGAAAACAUUUUAAUCACGGGCGACGGCGUAGUGAAAUUAUGCGACUUUGGUUUCGCGCGUAUGCUCAGCCCCGGUGAGAAUUACACGGAGUACGUCGCAACCAGAUGGUAUAGGGCACCUGAACUAUUGGUCGGAGACACUCAGUACGGAACAGCAGUUGAUGUAUGGGCAAUCGGUUGCGUUUUCGCAGAAUUAAUACGUGGAGAAGCGCUUUGGCCAGGAAAAUCGGACGUGGAUCAAUUAUAUUUAAUUCGGAGAACAAUCGGCGAUUUAUUACCGAGGCAUAUAGCUAUUUUUCAACAAAACGAAUUUUUCGCUGGUAUCACGUUACCAACCCCUCAAAGUCUCACCCCUCUUGAAACUGCUCUACCUAAUAGAGGCAAUACUGCACUACAACUUGACUUUCUCAAGAAAUGUUUAGACAAAGACCCCGACGAAAGAUGGUCGUGCGAACAACUUUUACAGCACUCCUAUUUUGAAAACUUUCAUUUCAAAAUGCCCGAAGCCGAAAUGGAAGAAUUCGAGAAGCUUAAGAAAUACCGAGACCGAUCACGAAACACUAACUACAGUCAAAUGGUGUUACCGCAACUUCCUAAAGCUGGUGCUUCAGUACAUAGUCAAAACGAAAAUCGGCCGAAAAGCUCCUCCAUGCAUCAGCAGGAUUUUGAUCACCUGCCUACUAUCAAAGGUUGUAAUUAAACCCCUCUGUGAUUGUAAUAUACUUAUACAUAUAUACAUAUACAUUUA